AUGCAGACAAUACGCCUAGCACGCCAUUUAAGACCAUUACAGCGACUACGCGUGCACCCUCAGCGCACCAUUUCCACCAACCCUCGGCACUUCUCACCCUCGUCACCCUUUGGAUCCGGCCCUGCGCCACCGCGCCUCCCCAAGGAAGAGCAAGAAAUCUUCGAGCGUCUGCAAAGACAAUCGACGGGCGCCUUCAGCACGCCUCGACCGGAAAUCAAUCAAUCCCCGGAUUCUUCUAGCUUGCCGUCGUCGUCGUCAGUUAGGAUCAACCAGUCACCUGAUCUUGCUUCUGGGGAUGAGAUCAGGACGGUGGAUGCGGUGAGGAUCCAGGAGGGCGAGGAGGUGCAUCCGAAUUUGAGAAGGGGAGCGCCGCCGGAGUUUGAGGGCGAUGUUAAUCCCAAGACGGGGGAGAUUGGGGGCCCCAAGAAUGAGCCGUUGAGGUGGGGGGCGCAGGGGGAUUGGAGUUAUAAUGGGAGGGUGACGGAUUUUUAG